AUGCUAUUCUUCAGCUUCUUCAAGACGCUCAUCGACCAUGAGGUGACCGUCGAGCUCAAGAACGACAUUCAGCUUCGCGGGACCCUCAAAAGCGUGGACCAGUAUCUCAACAUCAAGCUCGAUGACAUAUCGGUGGUGGAGGAACUCAAAUAUCCUCACCUCAGCUCGGUCAAGAACGUCUUUAUCCGCGGAUCCGUGGUGAGAUAUGUUCACCUACCCGCCGGGUCUGUGGACACACAACUGCUUGAGGAUGCGACACGGAGAGAGGCAGCCGCGCAGCAAUCAAAGGCAAAAUAA